GAGACCUAGCUCCCGGCUUCUGGUGGACUAAGCCUUCGCUUCGAGGACCAUGGGAGAACGGGAGAGGGGAGGCUUGGGUCCCUGGGUGCCGGCUCCCGCCCCUGCAGCUCUCUCGGGCACUUUGUCUCCAGUGUUCAGCAGUGGGCGACAGCAGCCCCGCGCAGCCCGGGACUUGGCAAGCCCUUGCUAGCGCGCGCGCUCCUCCUCCUGCCGCCCGGCCCAGCCCCGCGCGUCUCGGAGGACACUGAUGAUCCGCUUGCUCGGCGGCGUCAUGUCAUUCCAGCCUAUGCCGCCGCCGCCGCCGCCGCCGCCGCCGCCGCCCUCCCGAUCCCCGGGGGGCCCCGCCGCGCGCCAGCUCUCCCGGAGGCCCUGCGUGCCGCCGGCGCCCUCGCCGCCUGCCGCCGCCGCCGGGGAGAAGAAGAAGCGGCCGCCCGAGAUGCUGCUCUCCAGCUCCUGGCCCUCCGCCACCCUGAAGAGGCCGCCAGGCCGCCGCGGUCCCGGCCUGGGUCCCGGCACCCCGCAGCCGCCGCCCUCCGCGCGCGUUCUGCCCCAGACCUCUCCCGGCCGUGGGGGAGCCUCUACCACGUGCUCCGCGCCCCGGCGGGUCGCCUGCAGCCACAGCCCAGGGGGAGCCACCGCCGCGGGGACUUCUGCGGGGGCGGGGUCCGGGCCAGACGACACCACGCGCUUCUCCUUGAGCCUCACUCCCGAAGCCAUCCUGGUCAUCCAGAGGCGCCACCUGGAGAAGCAGCUGCUGGCACGGCCCCGCAGGCCCUUCCCCACACCCUCGCCUGACCCUCGGCGCCCGCUGGUCCCCUGUCCCCGGACCAGGACGUCGACCCUGCGGAGGGGCGGCCCCACCAGUGUCCCCGACGCGCCCCUGGCUGUGGCUGUCAGCAGCCGCCCACCCGGUGCCUCGCUGAUGCCGGGAGGUCUGCAGGCCACGAUGCCCAGCCACCGCCCCUCCAGCCUGCGCCCGGUGCUCAAGGUGUCGCUGCUCAAUGAGAAACACAAGUACGACGAUGAGGAGUACGAGGAGGAGGUGGAUGUGGUGGACGAGGGCCUGGUGCGCAAGUGCACCGAGUGGCUGCGGGGGGUGGAGUCGGCCGCCGCGGCGAGGGGCCGCACAGGGCAUCUGGACUCGCUGCCUCACCUGAGCACGCUGUGAGCUAGGUGGGCCCGGUGUGACCCGACCUGGCAAGAGGCCCACCACCGCCUCCUGCGCUCCUUGCCCCAUCUGGGCUCUUGCGAACCAGGUAGGCCAGCAAGAGACAGGACCACAGCCUGGAACUUGGCUCAGGUGCACUUAGUGAUGGGUGACCCACAGCCUCCUCUAAUGCUCACCGCCCACCUGUGCACCGUGCACCGCGGGACAUCAGCAGACGCGCCUGACUCCGAUGGCGGUCCUCUGCUUUUCCUGCUGUGAAAUGCCUUCUUGACCUCCCUCCUGCCCUAAGGAGUGGUCCCAGUGGCCCUCUGCCUCAGGUGGUAGCCCACCUCCUGGGGACUCUGCAAGCCUGUGACCACCGAGGGUGGGUGGUCUCCUGUUGUAGAGCUGGGACAUAAAGGUGCUACAUUUAUGAUUCGUCUCCUUCCGAAUCAGAAAGAUGUUGGGUGUUGGAAAGCCUAGAAACUCUGGUUAACUGGAGUUGUAACUCGGCAGCCGUGUGAGUGAGCUUCCGGGGUAACGGAGCUCUGUUGGCACAGGAUGAUCCUGGUGGACUUGUGCUCUGCCUGCCAGCUGUGUACUCAGCCCAACCCCACACCCCUGCACUUUCACACACAUGCACACGAAAACACUCCCAUGCCAUUGCACAGGCACACUCAUGCCCAUAGCUACACAGGCACUGCCCCCCCCCCCCAGAAGUCAUGGGGGCAUGCAUACAUACACAAUUACCCACACAUGCCACUCACAUAGAUGAACAUUCCUGCACAAACACCAAUCUCACUGUAGUCUCUCUCUCUCUCUCUCUCUCUCUCUCUCUCUCUCUCUCUCUCUCA